GGCAGUUAUUGGCCGAUUAAUAGAAAUGGAAAAAUUUCUUAUAGAAAUAAUGCCUCUUCAAUCUAUCAAUGCGAAAGAUGAACUCUUCGAAUGGAGUGCUUUAGACUAUGCAUUUGCAAUCAACUAUGAUAUUACAACAAACGAUUUACUGACUGCUGGAGCGGCAGUGAAUAGAGACACCUUGUUUCAACAAAUCAUAUCAAAUCAUUUAAACAUUUUACUGAUAGAUGCUUUUAACUAUGGAGAGUGGUUACAUUCUCGUGAAAACACGAAGAUGAUAGCAAAUCAGCUACACAUUCAAUUGGUGGAAUAUUUGCUCAACGAAAAACAUCUUGACGUCUUCUCUCUUCUUGAGGAACUUCGUACUUUGACAAUCCUAGAAUUCUGUACUAGAAUUAAUCUGGUCAGUAUUGUAAAACUACUUAUGAAUCAAACAGAACAUCAACGAAAUAGUUCAUCCGAUCAAUCGAAUCGGUUGUUUCAAAUAGCGCUAGAGAAUAAAGCACAUGAUACUUUGUUGUAUUUCAUCGAUGAGUGCAAUAUGGUCCUUCCGAAAGUAAAUAACACUGCUGAACUCAUUGCUGCUCUUAAAUUCACCUUCAGCAAAAACCAUAUGAAUACAUUCAAAAUUAUAUUUCACCAACUUUGCUACCAACUCAAUAUUAUUGUGAUUGAAGAUGUAGAGAUUGUCGAGGACAUUCAUGGUCCUAGUAACAACAACAUACCAUCGCUCGACAAAGAUGAUUAUCCAAAGGUUUGUUGCGUACGAAGUUCUAAUAACGUUCGAAUAUCGCUACCUGAAUACGACGAGAAAGAUAUCCUGCAUGAAGGAUACCUUGUCGAAGCUCUUCUUGCUAGAGCAGUACAUGAGGGAAACAUCCAGAUAGUCAAAUACAUUGUUCAGAAGACCAACAUGGUCAUCACUAAUAGACUCAUUGUGAUGGUCAUGAGAUUGUUACCGAAAGACGAUGAAGUCUGUCAUGAAAAAUCGAUGUCUGCAUUCAUAUAUCUACUUGACAAAACAACAGAUCAGAAUACUACCGAUGAUGAAGGUCGAAGUCUGCUACAUAUGACUGCUCAAAAUGGUUGCUUCUUCAUGCUGCGUUGUAUGAUUGCCAAAGGUUUUGAUCCUGCAGAGGUAAAUACAAGAAACGGAUGGAAUGUGUUUCACUAUGUUGCGUUUAAUCAGGAUGAAGAUCGUUCGACCAAAAUAUUGGAGUUCCUACUGAAAUUUUGCGGAAUAGAUUGGUUUCAUGUUAGAAAUAUCCAAUAAUGAAUUUAAAUAAUGGAAAGACCAAUAAAUUGAACAAAAAUCAACAUGCCUUGUUGGCAAUGUUUGCUAUAUUCAGGGAAGACGACUUAACUAGUCUUUUGUCCGAUCAGGAAUUACAAGAAGCUAUCCGAUGCAUGCAGGAUGUAGCUCAGGGCAAUGAGAAGUCUGACAUCAUUAAGGGUGUUAAAGGAUACAAUCCUGAGUUCACUCUUCGCAUAUUUGCUGAAUAUUUCGCGGCAUCUUGGAUAUACAGUAACAAACAUCGCAUGAAAAGCCAGAGCUUUUUCCGAUCGAGGAAAUAUUGGAAUGGAACGGUUCAGCGAACUCAAAGCUUAUUCAAUCGCAUGAUUGUAAGAGAUAGUGAAGGAUGUGAUAUUCACAUGGCUGUAAUCAAUGAAUCAGUACAACAGGUCCGUGCUUUAGUUUCGAAGUAUCCUUCGUCAACACUCGUGAAGGAUUCGGUAGGUCGAUUACCGCUACACUUGGCAGUUAUUGGCCGAUCAAUAGCAAUAGAAAAAUUGCUUAUAGAAAUAAUGUCUCUUCAAUCUAUCAAUGCGAAAGAUGAACUCUUCGAAUGGAGUGCUUUAGACUAUGCAUUUGUAAGCGGCUAUGGUAUUUCAACAAACGCUUUACUGACUGCUGGAGCGGCAGUGAAUAGAGACACCUUGUUUCAACAAAUCAUAUCAAAUCAUUUAAGAAUUUUACUGAUUGAUGCUGAUAGCUAUGGAAAGUGGUUACAUUCUCGUGAAAACACGAAGAAGAUGGCAAAUCAGCUACACAUUCAAUUGGUAGAAUAUUUGCUCAACGAAAAAAAACUUGACGUCUUCUCUCUUCGUGAGGAACUUCAUACCUUGACAAUCCUAGAGUUCUGUACAAAACGCAAUAUGGUCAGUAUUGUAAAACUACUUAUGAAUCAAUCAAAACAUCAACGAAAUAUUUCAUCCGAUCAAUCGAAUCGGUUGUUUCAAAUAGCGCUAAAGAAUAAAGCACAUGAUACUUUGUUGUAUUUCAUCGUGCAAUUGUUGUAUUCAUCGUGCAAAUUUCAUGAGUGCAAUAUGGUUCUUCCGAAAGUAAAUGACACUGCUGAACUCAUUGCUGCUCUUAAAUUCACCAUCAGCAAAAACCAUAUGAAUUCAUUCAAAAUUAUAUUUCAUCACCUUUGCUACCAACUCAAUAUUAUUGUGAUUGAAGAUGUAGAAAUUGUCGAGGACAUUCAUGAUCCUAGUAACAACAACAUACCAUCGCUCGACAAAGUUGAUUAUCCAAAGGUUUGUUGCGUACGAAGUUCUAAUAACGUUCAAUUAUCGUUACCUGAAUACAAAAAAAAAGAUAUCCUGCAUGAAGGAUACCUCGUCGAAGCUCUUCUUGCUAGAGCAGUACAUGAGGGAAACAUCCAGAUGGUCAAAUACAUUGUUCAGAAGACCAACAUGGUCAUUACUAAUAGAAUCAUUGUGAUGGUCAUGAGAUUGUUACCGAAAGGCUAUGCAGUAUGUCAUGAAAAAUCGAUGUCUGCAUUCAUAUAUCUACUUGACAAAACAAUAGAUCGGCAUACUACCGAUGGUGAAGGUCGAAGUCUGCUACAUAUGACUGCUCAGAAUGGUUGCUUCUUCAUGCUGCAUUGUAUGAUUGCCAAAGGUUGUGAUCCUGCAGAGGUAAAUACAAGAAACGGAUGGAAUGUGUUUCAUUAUGUUGCGUUUAAUCAGGAUGAAGAUCGUUCGGACAAAAUAUUGGAGUUCCUACUGAAAUAUUGCGGAAUGGAUUGGUUUCAUCAUUUGGACACGUUGGUCGAUUCGGACAAAAUAAAACCAUCCAAUAAUGAAUCCAUCAAUACAACGAUGAAUCCAAACAAUGGAAAGACCAAUAAAUUGAACAAAAAUCAACAUGCCUUGUUGGCAAUGUUUGCUAUAUUCAGUAAAGACGACUUAACUAGUCUUUUGUCCGAUCAGGAAUUACAAGAAGCUAUCCGAUGCAUGCAGGAUGUAGCUCAGGGCAAUGAGAAGUCUGACAUCAUUAAAGGUGUUAAAGGAUACAAUCCUGAGUUCACUCUUCGCAUAUUUGCUGAAUAUUUCGCGGCAUCUUGGAUAUACAGCAACAAACAUCGCAUAAAAUGCCAGAGCUUUUUCCGAUCGAGGAAUUAUUGGAAUCGAACGGUUCAGCGAACUCGAAGCUUAUUCAAUCGCAUGAUAGUAAGAGAUAGUGAAGGAUGUGAUAUUCACAUGGCUGUAAUCAAUGAAUCAGUACAACAGGUCCGUGCUUUAGUUUCGAAGUAUCCUUCGUUUACACUCGUGAAGGAUUCGGUAGGUCGAUUACCACUACACUUGGCAGUUAUUGGCCGAUCAAAAGCAAUUGAAAAAUUUCUUAUAGAAAUAAUGUCUCUUCAAUCUAUCAAUGCGAAAGAUGAACUCUUCGAAUGGAGUGCUUUAGACUAUGCAUUUGCAAUGAAGUACCCCACAACAUUCCGUAACAUUUUAUAUUAUGGAGCGACAGUGAAUGAGGACACUUUGCUAAAACUAAUACUGUCCAAUAAUAUAAAGGAUUUGUUGACUAAUGCACAUGAUUAUGGAAAAUGGUUACAUUCUCGUGAAAACACCAAAAAAAUUUCAAUCCAACUUCAUAAACGUGUAGUAGAACACUUGCUCAUUGAAAAACACCUCGAUAUAUUUUCCCCUUAUGAAGAUAUUGAUUCUUUAACUGUGUUGGAGUUCUGUUCAGAAAAUAAUAUGGAUGGUUUAAUUGAACAAUUUGCAUUGCGAUUGGACUUUCGAUGGAUGCUUUCAACAGAACAGAGUAAUCGUUAAUUUCAGAUAACAUUUUAAAACAUUGUCCACCUCGUGUAAGCAUACCUGGUCAAUGGUUUGACUAGAUGAUAGUGUACUCAUACUUUUUAAUAAUAGCCUCGAUAUUGUCAGAGCGGUCCGGUGGUGCAUGUGAUAAACGGCGCCAGUCCACACGGCCGGACCGGAUUCAAAUCCCAUCCGGACCGUUCCCCCGUAGCAAGGACUGACUAUCCGGCUACGUGGUAAAAUAAGUCUAGUAAGCCAGAAAUGGCCGGCGUGACCUGUAAGGUCGUUAAUGCCAAGAAGAGAUUGUUGAUAAACCGUUGUUGUAUCUACUUCAAUUAGCUGGUCUCCGAAUUAAUUGUGACAUGCCAACUGAGAGAUAACUUUUACAACCCUGUAUCAUACAUGAUAUACAGUUUAAUUUCGAUUUAUAAACAGUUUUAAACCACACCAAGGCUUAAGCUAUAUACCAUAUUGCAACUCCAGAAAUUAAACAACUUCGUUCAUCCAAAAACACUAAGAACCCGUAUUUUGGUAAAAGUUUAAAAGAAACAAAAGCAAACAAUUAUUGUCAAGUAGAUAGCAACACAAACGUGUGCGAUUUGCGGCACGAAAGAAGUUAUAGGCGUUGUGUUAAGCUAAGUGUCGCCGACAGGGUCACUCUGUUAGAAGCGCACACCGCGUGGUGCGAGACAUAAGAGCUGCAUCGGCAUUUUGGGUGCAGCGGUUGAUCGAGUUUCGCGCCCCAAGCUGGUGCUGCGGAUUUCGCGAUAUCAACAAUUUGGGAAUUUGGGUGCUACGAUCAAUCGCAGCCCAAAAUGCUGAUGCAUCGUUGAUCGCACGCACCACUCAAACCUUUACCACGGUUUU